GGUUUUACCUCUGAGGCUCUGCAACCGAGUACCAGUAGAGAGAGAGGGAGAGCUUCAUACGUAAAAAUGGCGGUUCCUCUCCUAAACAAGAAGAUCGUGAAGAAGAGGGUCAAGAAGUUUAAGAGGCCCCAGAGCGACCGCAAGAUCUCUGUCAAGGAAAACUGGCGAAGGCCUAAGGGUAUAGACUCUCGUGUCAGGAGGAAGUUCAAGGGAGUCACAUUGAUGCCGAACAUUGGAUACGGCUCAAACAAGAAGACAAGGCAUUACCUUCCCAAUGGUUUCAAGAAAUUUGUGGUGCACAAUGCCAAUGAACUCGACCUCCUGUUGAUGCAUAACAGGACUUUUUGUGCGGAGAUUGCUCACAAUGUGUCCACUUUAAAGAGGAAAUCCAUUGUGGAGAGGGCUGCUCAACUCGACAUUGCAGUUACUAACAAGUUGGCAAGGUUGCGCAGCCAAGAAGACGAGUAGACGUGGUUUAGUCUCUUUCUUCUUGUUUUAUUAGAGAUUAGUUUUUUAAUCCAACCAGAUAGGCUUUUUGGGAUAAGCUUUCCAUUUUUUAUAACUGAGACUUCUGGGAACUUUGAAUUGUGUUGGGGAUCUUGUGUUUGUUUUGUGUUUAAUAUUUCUGUUCAUCAUAAAUUUACAAGUUUGAGGUUCCUUAAUUAUGAAUGUGGAUCUCUUAGCUUCA